ACACGGUUACACUUUUCGCCACCAAAAUAAGCCGCCUGGCCACACCAGAACUGUUGCCUUUUUAUUUUAUUCCCGCAUUUCUUCGCUUCAAAGCGAUCGCUUUUCGGCUUUAAUCGAGGUCACAGGUCGCACUAGAACACGCCGAAAGCCGGAACGCACCCCACUUCGCCCCCUUGGACGAGGUGACCGCCGCUGUUGUUGUUUUUUGUUCGCCCUUAAAAACCAGCUGCUGCAUCUGUGUGUGCGCGCGUGUGUAUGUAAAGAAAGGGAGAGAAAGCAAACAAAGGAGACGGACAGAGUUAGAGCUAGUGCAAUAGAGGGAGAACGAGAGACCGAGCGAACGAGAUGGAUGUGGAGGAGAAUUACGAAAACGCCGCUGAGAUGCAGAAUAUGAAUAUAAAUCCGAAUUCGGAUAGCCAGCAGCAGCAGCAGCAGCAGCUGCAACAACAGCAACAACAGAUGCAAUGUGAACCGUUAUUCGGACUCACAACCAAUACAACAACAACCACAAAUCCAAUGAUGGCCAUACCCCUGCCUCCACCACCAGGAAUGCUGCCGCUGCCCCAUUCCACUUCGAGCAUCAGUCCGAAUUCGAAUCUGAAUUUGAAUUUAAACUCAAAUCCGAAUCCCAAUUCGAAUCUAAGUCCCAGUCCAUCCGCUAACGCAUCCGCAUCCGCCUUGAAGGGUCUGCCCACGAAUGACUUCGACAUCGAUUCGCUGCUGCUGCAACAGUUCAGCUGCAUGGGCACCACGGAUCACGAGGAUCUCAUCAGCCAGUUCCAGAGCCUCAUGAACAACCAGAUGAACCGGGAAUCGGCCAGGUUUUACCUCGAGAUGAGCAAUUGGAGCCUGCAGACGGCGGUCGGCUGUUACCUGGACUUCUGCAGCCUGCAGUCUUUGCCCUCGAUGAAGAUUGUACAGGGAAAGCACCUGAAUGCCCAGCAGCAGGCAUUCCAGCUGCAAAAUGACGGCACCGAGCGCUGGCCAAACAACUGCUAUCUAACCUCGCCCAUCCAGACGCAGCGCAUUAAUGUGCCCGCCCUGCGUCCCGGCGAAACAUGUGAUAUUCUGGCCGAUCUGAUGCCCACGCAGCCGCCGAUCAUGUGGCGGUUGUGCACUCCAAAUGGCUGGUACUUUGGCGAUGCCAUUUGGAUGAUACCGCCAGGCACGCAGGCCAGCCAGGACGAACUGCAGCAGCGGAUGGUGCAGCUGAUUACAUCGGAGGCCAAACCGGAUGUUUAUCCGCAGAUCAACAUCGUGAUAACCGCGCACACCCAAUGAACGGGCCGGCGUCCAGCAUCCUACACCUACUAGUCCGCCCUCCAGCGGAGUCUUCGGUCCUAAAACUCAUCGAUAGCAUUUCAUAAAAACAAAAACACAAACCUGCGAAUGCGACUAGACUCUUACCUCUCCCUCUAUUCACCCUCUUUUUCAAAUAGGCUUAAAGUUGUUCUUAGUAGUGGAUUUGUAUACAGACAGGAUCAAAAACAACAACAACAAAUAACUUUUAUACACUUUACGCCGUGCAUACUCGGGAGUAUUUAGUAGCCAACGCCAUUCACGUGUACAAUACAAUAUAUAUAUAAUUAUAUAUAACUGAUAUAUAUAUAUAUAUAUAUAUAUAUACGUACACAGCCCCCCAUGUUUAACUAGAGUUUUUGAGUUGAGAUUGCGCGGCCCUUCGUUGCUACCACCUUUAACUUCACCCCCCUUACACUCUCCAGUCCCUAAAUUUGGUGUCAGACGGAUCAGCUUUAUAUAUAUAGAGAGAUAAUAUAUAUAUCUUUUGGAUUGGCAGCGGAGGGCUAGCGCAGUCAUAGAAGGAAAGUGAAAGAAGUGAAAAUGAGUAUCAGAUUAUGUUCUUCUGUUAGUUUCUUUUUAGGCGGUAAAGUUGUGUGUGCGUGCGAUUGUUUAAUGCAUAUGAAUUAUAUAUUUUUUUCUUUAAUUUAAAGUCCUAUUUUUCGAGUAACCUAGAGAAGCAUGAUGAUUAAGCAGAAAACCUUGUAACAAAAUUAGAAUUAAGUGUUUUAUUGAGCAAAACAAAUGAAAGAAGCGGAACGAAUAAGAUA